AUGAUCCUUCUGCUUUAUGCUCUUCUUGCUGCUCUCUUGCUCAGCUCAGUUUCUUCACUCUAUAUUCCUGAAAAGAAUCGUGCCGAUAACUUGACCGAAAAUAUUUUUCACAACUUUAGAUAUGAAUAUUUUCAGCACGAACAGGACAUAAUCAAAUUCGAUUUCGACAUCCACCAGAAACACGAUCUGAGAUCUGCCCAGCUCUAUAAAAGAGAUGGCUACGUUACCUCCAUAAUCCACAACCAGGACUACUACUACAAGAUGUUCUUGUACAUUGGUACCCCACCCCAGAAAGUGGGUUUCUUGCUUGACACUGGCUCCUCAGACUUGUGGAUCCACUCAACGUCCAAUCCUUACUGCUCUAACCAGUCUAUAAGUGAUUAUAAAUCUGGCAAGGACACUGGCAGCUACUAUCAACUCAGUGGUGAUAUUGGUGAGGUUAACUGCUCAAGAGAAUUGGGUUUAUACAACGAAUCUGCCUCUUCUACCUGGAACUCAUCCAAAUUAGAAUUCCAAGUCAAUUACAUGGAUACCACCUUUGCCUAUGGUAUCUAUGGAACAGAUACUGUUCGUUUAGGCAGAAGGCCUUUUGCUCCACAGAUUAAAAACAUGUUUAUGGGCUUGAGUCAAGAAUCUAACUCAUCUCAAGCUGUGAUGGGCAUUGGCUUGAGGAAUCUUGUGGGCUACANUGACACCAAUUCAAAGACUGGCUCAAUCUUAUUUGGUGCUAUUGAUCGCUCAAAGGUUCUUGAUGGUUUGGUUACUUUGCCAAUUGUUAACCCAUAUCCUUACAUAUCACAAUCUGUUCAUUUCUAUGUCAACAUGUCUUCAUUGUCAAUCAAUUCGAAAAAUGCCGGUCCUUCCUCCUACUCCAAUACUGCAAACAUAAUCGCUCCAAGCUCCUUUGUCUUGCUUGAUUCUGGUACUACUUCCAUAUACGUCCCCACACAAUAUCUUGAAAACAUUGCACAGAAAUUCAAACUACCACCAUCAAUCUCUAUCAUCCUUUAUGAUUCUCUGACUUUGUACUAUGGAAAAUGUCUUGACUUUCGCCUGGUUUUUGCCAACAAAAACUUGUCUUUCAACUUUGGCGAAAAGAUCGUCAAUGUUCCAAUGUCCUCAUUAAUAGAACAAUUUGGAUACGAAAAUAACGUCUCAUACUGCGGUUUAAAACUCUUUGGAGUUGAUGGUGACAAUUUUAUUCUUGGAGACUUGUUUUUAAGAUACGCCUAUGUGGUAUACAAUCUAGAGGAUUUACAACUAUCAAUAGGCCAGGCAAAUUUCAACUCCACAAAACCUGACAUUGUUAAAGUGAUCUCAUCCACAUGAUAUUAUCAAUAUCAUCUUUCUCUUUCAUACUUCAUCUUCUAUUCUUUCUAUUUCAUUUUAUAUACAACUUCAUCCCAUUUUUUUUUUCCUUUACUCUUUUCUUUUUUCAUCUUUUUUCGUCU